AUGGGGAAGGGACUCGGGAAAAUCUGGCAUCAACGGCUUUUCUGGGAUUUCCAGUUGUCUCCAGCCCCGGGCAGUAGCCCACCCACCUCAGUCCCGUGUUUUCCAUCUUCCUACAGAACUGCUCCUUCCUCAAGGUGCCCAUCGCUUGCUGCAAUGGCCAGCCUCCCAGUCACACCUUCUCCGGGUCCUCAAGGUGCCCACUCACUUCCUGCAGGGACUGGCCUCCCAGCCACGCCUUCUCCAGGAGGACUGAUCACCACAAUUCGGCAGGUCACUGAGUCCCUGUCCCCAGAAGCUGAAGCCAGCACAGCACUCAUUGCAGUUGUUAUCACCGUGGUCUUCCUCACCCUGCUGUCAGUCGUGGUCUUGAUCUUCUUUUACCUGUACAAGAACAAAGGCAGCUACGUCACCUACGAACCUGCAGAAGGAGAGCCCAGCACCAUCCUUCAGAUGGAGAGUGACUCGGCCAAGGGCAGGGAGAAGGAGGAAUAUUUCAUCUAAUGAUUCCCUGGCUCCGAGGAGCUUAUCCAGGCUCCAGUGCUAACACAUUGACUAUUUAAUUUAUUAGGUAAAAGUUUUAUCUGAAGCCAGUGAGAAGCAUUGAUUGGUAUGGGCAAACCUGAGCUCCUUCCGGGAGGAGGCCCAACUCCAUCACUGACGCCAGCAACCAGGCACACGGAGAAAGCUGCUUACGGCGUCUUUAGCCGGGCCUUUGUAAUACAGUGGUGUUUGUGGCUGACCAACAAGGUGGAGCUAUGCCAGGCAACAUCUGAGUAUGUGCCCACUCAUCUUCAAGUUUUUUCACAGGUCAAAGGGGAGGAGAGUUAGGGUCACUGGCUGCUCCUCUGUCCCCUACCUGGUCACCUGGUGACAGCCCCAGUGGAGGUAGUGUUCAUAGAAGUUCUUCCCAGAGGCUGGAUACCACAGUAACAGGCCAGGCCAGGAGGGGUAGGAGACUAUAUAGAGACCUUACCUCCUAAUGAAUGUGCACAUCCCUUAAUCUGAGCCCUUCCUUUCUGUAUUUCCCAACCUC